GUCACGUGACCUUUUGUCGGCUCUGCGUGUGUGUUUGUGUUGUGUUCAGGCUGUGAAACGGUGCAGGAAAAGUCUGGAUCAUUCAUCAGUGUAAACAGUCAGUUUAAAACCUCACACCUGUUAAAUAGAGGCUGAAAGAGAGAGAGCCCAGCUCGCCCGGUAGGCUGUGUGCUCGGUUUAGUGGGGUUUGUUCAGUAUUAGAUUUAAACAGGCUCGUUUGCUUAUUAGUUAGCUAAAGUUAGCUAUCAGUAAUUCUCCUCUUAUGGCUGCUGUUGAUAGCUUCCAGUUUCUGUACAGAGAAAUCGCCAGAUCCUGUAGCUGUUAUGUGGAGACCCUGGCAUUAGUGGGAGCUUUGUACACAGCGAGCAAAGCUGCUGUGCUCGUGCGGGACUGUUACAGCCUGGUGCGGCUUCACUUCAUCCCCAGGCUCGUUCACCCCCGAGAUCUGGUUCACCAGUAUGGCAAAUGGGCUGUCAUUAGUGGUGCAUCAGAGGCCAUAGCCAAAGCAUAUGCUGAGGAACUGGCCAGACAUGGUGUGUGCAUCAUCCUGAUAAGCCCAGAUGUCCGCAGUGUAAAUGAUGUAGCAAAGUCUAUUUCAGAUGUCCAUGGGGUGGAGGCCAUUUUGGUUGAAGCAGAUUUCACACAUGGUCUCUCAGUGUGUAAACCUAUUAAAGAUGCCAUCGGAGACAAGGACAUAGGGUUUGUUGUGAACUGUCUGGAUUCAUCCCACAAUGUAUUCAGAGACUUUCUUGACUUGUCUGAAGGCACCGUUUGGCACAUCUUAAACAAUAAUGUCACCACGGCCACCCUGGUGACCCGUCUGGCUCUGCCUGGCAUGGCAGAGAGACAAAGAGGCGCUGUGGUUAAUAUCUCAUCUGAAGGAUGUUCCAAGCCCACUUCAAGGAAGGCUGUGCUUUCUGCAUCCAUGGCUUUCCUUGACCACUUCAGUCGCACCCUGCAUUAUGAAUAUGGUCACCGAGGGGUCUUUGUGCAGAGUUUGAUCCCCUGUAGAGUUACCUCUAAAGGAGAAGGAGACCUGGGUGGUGCUGGCUGGUUGGUUCCACAGCCACAUGUGUAUGCAAGGCAUGCCCUGUCCACUCUGGGUAUCUCCCACAGAACUACAGGAUACUGGCCUCAUACAAUACAGUUUCGACUCAUGCAGUGCAUCCCAGAGUGGAUUUGGAUGCUGGGGCAUCGACUGCUGUGCAGGACGACCUAACUGCAGACAUAUUGAUGGAUUUAAUGAUGCAAAACAUGUUGUAAGCUUUGACACACUUAACACCUCACUAAUGUGAGAUAAAGUAUAUCCAACUAUCAUGAUGCAGUGUUUUAUAGAGUGCAAAUAUGGAGAUCACCUCGUGUUGUCCUUGUAAAAUGAUCACAAGAUAUUUUAGACUUUUCAGACUAGUUUUCAUGGGCACUAACAGUUAGUUGAUUGAAAAUAACUCUUGUUGGACCAUUAUGGUGUUUGGCACUUACUUUUCUUAAAUUAUUACAGAAGGAAUUAUAGUUGUGAUAUAAGCAACGUAAGAGUGACCAAUAGACAUCAGUGUUCUUGGUGUGGUGAGUGUGCUGGUUCUACUCUACUGUGGUACCUUUUUCCUACUUUAGAUUUAUUUAUGGUAAAAGAUUAUUCCAUUAUAGAAGAUUAUUUUUCUGUUUAUAUUUGCUGAAACAAUCAUUAAACACUUCUUGUAUUACCAA